UCCUGUUUAGAAAUGUACGUGAUAUAGAUUGUAUAAAAUAUAGAUUGUAUAUAACGGGACACUGUCUAGUUCACCAUCAUGGUAACAUUCGGAAUCUUAUUUUUUGACGUGAUUUCUUUGAUGAUUAGACUGACACUAUCAACGACCACGUCCUGUGAAAUUCGCAACUGUACAACCAUCUAUAAUAAAAACUUAAGAAAUUUAACAAGAGAUGAGUUUAAACAUACCAGUAAAUGGUCGAAAAUAGAAUGCAUGAGCUUUCAAGAUGACGUUUUUCACUCAAUAGAAACGGCAUUGUUUUCAAACUUCCGCAGUCUACGUAUUCUUCAUAUGAAAAAUAUACCCAUGCUUGGUAAAGGAAUUAUAAGUGGUUUUGAAGACAUCAACAAGACAAAACUGACUCAACUGUGUCUAGAGAAUGUGAACCUUACUACAGCAGUUGUCGUGCCAUUGUUUACCAAACUUAAUAAACGUUUAAAGGUUUUAAGUCUUAAAAACAAUCACAUUGAAAGCUUUUCAUUUGAAAACAUUGAUAAUCUAUUUAAAAUCAAAAGUCUGAUUCUUUCAGGGAAUAAGCAAUUGGUUUUUUCACCUCAGGCUUCUAAACCGUUUACGUACCUAAAGACACUAGAUCUCUCAGACACGCGUUCCUUAAAUUCAACGUUUUGUCCAAACAAAAUUAAACAUUUGCCAAAUCUUAGAGCUCUAUGUCUUGACGGCAUUCGCUUUCGGCUAGCGGAUAUAGACAUCAAAAAUUGCUUUAACAAUUUAAAGAAGCUUGUUUUGAGCAAAAGUCAUAUUCAAGAUAGCAUACACAAAGAUAGUUUUUCAAAUUUUCCAAAAUUGGAGUAUCUUCAGCUUAGUGGAUUAGAAUAUACCAAACAAUUUAAAAUGCCAACUUUUAAGAGGAAUAAGAACCUUGCAACAUUGGAACUGAAUUGUAUUGCAUUUCUAUUUCCACCUACAGAAACCAAUACAAAAGCUUUCAAGUAUCUCAUAAAACUAAAUAAAUUAGAACUGAGCCACUGGAAUUUAAGUCAGUGGAGUUCUUUAAAUCUUUCUACUUUGUUUGCACCAUUUAAAGAAUCAAUAAUAACCCUUAAACUUUCAAAAGUUGGCUUUGAAACGAUUCCUAACAUUAUAUGGGAAAUGCCAAACCUAAAAACUGUGAUUCUGAGUAAUAAUGGGAUAUCAAGUUUAGACCCACAACGAAACAGUACCAUUGUUAACAUCAAAAACUUGCAUCUUCAAUGGAAUCGCAUUGAAACACUAGAUCCUGGUUCUAUACCAAAGAGCGUUUCGGAUCUAAACCUUUCUGGAAAUCCAUUUAGCUGCAAAUGCCCACUGAUGCAGUACGUACUAUGGGAAAGGGAGAAAAAAGAUGUAAAGAUUAUGACAGACUGGUAUUAUCGAUAUCAUUGUGCAAACCCGCGGGAAUGGAAAGGACGGAACAUGUUGGAAUUCGUAAGAAAAAUCAAACCAACAGACUGUAGAGCAUUUAAUAUCUCUGUCAUUGUAGCAACAGUUUUAUGUUUUAUAAUGAUUGCCGUUGUUGUUGUGAGUAAUAUUAUUGUGUGGAGAAAACAAAAGUUGCAAAACUGUGAAAACAGGCCAUUACUUCCAAAGGCUUGACCAUGAAAUAAAUGCUUUUGAGUGAUUUAAAUAGCGGGUUUUUUUUCAGAUAUAGAAGAUGAAUACAUUGCAUUUAGCCAAAUUUAGGGAUAAAAACUAUUUGCAGAAAGUAUUUACACAUGUACAACCCGGAUGUUUUGAUUUGAGUUAUUUAGAUUUUUAACGUACUUUCGUAUUGAGGAAACAACCCAGAACAUUUUGCUUCAUGACAAAUUUUGUACAAGACAAUCUUUCCUGUAUUUUUUCUGUUUUAUAACUAAUAUGCCAGCACUGUAAAAAAAACCCAACACAGGCAGACUGAUUUGAUUUUGUUUAAAUUAAUUAGUUUUUAAAUUUCAUAUUCUUAAGUAUUAUUAAGUCAUGAUGCAUGUAUCAUAAACCAUUCGGCAAUAUAUGUACUAUAUAUGAUUUAACUAUUAAGCUUAUAAGUACAUUAUAAUCGUUAUUAAGCUUCGAAAGAUUCCUUUGCAUAACACCACCUUCACGACUAAAGAAAGUAUAUGUUAUUCAUUAAUGUAUCACUUAUGGUUGAAUAUUGUCAAAUAGAAAAAUUGAUAAUCAUACAAUUAAAGAAUUAUAGGAACAUGUUUUCAUUCCUUUUGCUUCUUUGUUGUAAAUUUCUCACAACAUCUGUAAACUUUGUAAAAUUAAUGCAAUUAUCUGCAUACAAUGUUUGCUAAAUGUACUCGAAUGCAAAGAUAAGUAGCAAUCGUUUGGU